UUCUUCCAAGAAUAAACCCUCAAAAAUCAACCACAUUUCGUCGUGCAGCCCUAAUUUGCACCACAUUUGCAACGUUUCUUGAUUCAACCAAGGUUUUGUUUGGUGUGUGAUUCACUGGUUUUGGCUUCCACGCUAAAAGGGAACACUCCGAUUGCUGCUUCCUCCACCAUCUCGAUUUUAGUCAUUUGAGGACUUUCAAUACUCGGAUGAGCUAUAGAAUCCGAGCAAGCAAACGGAACCAUUGAGGACGAGCACGUAAGAAACAUGUCUGAAUCCGAGCAGGCGAAAGGAACCAUUGAGCCCAAGGUCAUAAGAAAUGCCUCUGAACCAGAGCAGGCGAAAGGAGCCACUGAGCACGAGCACGUUGGAAACACAUCUGAACCCGAGCAGGAGAAAGGAACCAUUGGACACGUUAGAAAUGUGUCCGAAUCCGAGGAAGAAGACAGCCAAAUAGUCGAAGAAGCAAAGGCUCGACACCUUACACCAUCGUCUUCUGCAUCCUCCUCCUCCUCCUCCUCCUCCUCGUCUUCGUGUGCUUCAUUGGAACAUGAUGUUCCCAUUGCCAAAUCCAAGUCCUAUGGAGACCUGCAGCUCGGCCAAGCAUCCGUUUCCAUGCCCAAUUGCCCUCCUCAGACACCGGAAUGGAGCAUGUCAAGCGUGUCCCCUAUUGUCGGUCCAGAGGGGCACUUAUCUCCUACAACAUCCCCUCCGGUCCAAACCAUGGGGCACCCUUCCGAUUAUGACCCUGCCCGGAUCCCUGCCUCUGUGUUCUCUAGCAAACCAGUGAAUGCCUCAGAUUGGAGCGUGGCCUCAACCGACUCGUUGUUCAGCAUACACGGUGGGAACACCAGCUUUGCCAAGGACCAGUUUAGGUCCGAGGAGCUUGCAAGAUUGGAGGAGUCGAGCAACGGUCAAUCAUCCCUUUACGCCUCAGAAGCCAAGCCUAAUGAAAUAUGCAGUCUCCCUAUCAGCCUUCCUCCCCUCAUGGAGGUGCCAUCGCACGAAGAGGGAAGUGUAAAGUCGAGCAACGUCUCUAGCCUUGAAAAGGAGGAUUCCAUCACCUCGGGGACCAUGAAAGGAGGUCGUCUCUCUAACGAGAGUGGCACCUCUUCUGCUUUCCCUGCAUUGGAUAGCGAAGGCGGAAGGGCUAGCUCGUUGGAGAAGGUUGAGGAGAAGCCGGAGGUGGAAGCACAGGAUACUAAUAGUACGAAUCCGGAAUCCACAAAGGGGAAAUGGUUUUCGUGGUGCCCGUGUUUGUCUCGUUGCUGCUAACGAUCAUGAUGUCCACGACCGAUAUACACAUAUAUAUGCACCCUUUUGAAAAUAGUCCCCAAUGAUUGGUGAUAUCUGUUAUUGGCGUCGCGUGCUCAACCGGAUGCGUGCCUCGUAUCUCGGCUGCUGAUACACUGAGAGUUGGUUCUUCCUCUUGGCAGCAAGGCUUGAUGAGUAGUUUGCUCUGUUGGAAGCAAGCUGCAGGGAUGAUGAUCAAAUGAAACUUUUGUGAUUUGAUGCUGUGAUCUUAUAUUCAGAUUUGAGAAUCAACUAAGCUAAAUCAUAAUGUAUGUAUGUAUCCAUAUAUGAAAAUGUGGUAUCUUAUUUUGUGUA